AUGGCCUCUAUUCGCGUUCUUUCCUUCGAUGCUGAGGGCCGUCCCGUGCAGUUCACUUCCUGGCUCGACGACCUGCAGUUGUAUCUUAUGAGCAAUAGCACGGACCACAUCUCCCUCUAUGACUACGCGUCUGGUGCUGCCGCUGCUCCUGCUGCCACAGCCGAGCUUAGUGUACGUUCCCAGUGGCAGACUCGUGACGCUGCAGCUCGCCUGGCUAUUCGCAGUCACCUGCCGUUCGCUGAGCUAGAGCACUUUGGCGACUGCAAAACCGCUAAAGCCCUAUACGACGCUGUCGUUGCUCGCUACUCCUCACCUGCCACAGCCGAGCUUAGCCGUCUCAUGCUGCCUUACCUGUUCCCUGACCUGUCCACCUUUGCUACAGUCGCCGAUCUUAUCACCCACCUUCGCACUAGUGAUGCUCGCCUGCGUGCCGCCCUUCCCACCGAGUUCUGCGCUAAGAACCCCCCUCCCCUGUACUGGGCACUCCACUUCAUAGUCACCCGUCUCCCUGACACCCUCAGCUCAGUGCGCGACUAUUUCCUUGCUCGCUGUCCCACUGAGCUCACUGUCGCCCUCCUAGAGGAGAAGCUGCUAGCAGCCGAGAAGAGCAUUGUAGCUGUAGGUGCUGCUCGCGGCGCUCCUCGCACCCCCAUCUUUGAGGGGUGCUCUCCCUCUCCCCUCGCUCCCUCCUAUGCUACUGCUGCUGCUGUUGACUUCCUUGGUGCUGAGUCUGCUGGCGCUGCUUCUGCUCCUGGUGGGAGGCGCCGCACCGGCAAGGGCAAGGGGGGCAAGGGUGGCGGGGGUGGCGCUGGGGGGGGAGGGGGUGGGGGAGGUGGGGGGGGAGGCGGUGCUGGAGGGAGCGGUGGCGGGAGUGCCGGUGGGAGUGGGGCCGGCGGCGGAGGCGGGGGCGGCGGCGGGAGCAGUGGCGGUGGUGGCAGCGGCGGCAGUGGCGGCGGUGGCGGUAGUGGCGGUGGCGGUGGCGGUGGUGGCGGUCGGAGCGGAGGUAGUGGCGGCGGUGGAGGUCGGAGUGGAGGCACCGGCUCGGGCCAGAGCUCCCAGCAGCAGCAGCGUCCCCAGUCGACCCAGCAGCUUCGUGAGUGGCUUGCUCAGCGUGGGACGUCGGGGGGCAGUGGCCGCUGUUCCUAUGUCAUUCGCACAGGUGAUCGCAAGGGGCAGACGUGUGGAAAGUUCCACACUCAGUACCGCUGCUUCUUCCGCCUUGACGACGCUUGGCGUGAGGAGAUGGGCGAGGAUGUUGAGCGCCCUCGCUGGGCUGAGCUGAUGAGGGCUGGUGUUGAUAUCUUUGCUCUUGACUAUGAUGCUAUUAUUGCUGCCAUGUAUGCAUUGACUGUUAGUGCCGAGGGAGACUGUUACUUCUGUGUGCCGCCUGACUCAGGUAUAGGGCCCACUGCCCUAGGUCCUAGUGAGUCUGCUCUCUCUGGUAUGGUGCCCCCUGUACCUGCUCCCUCCAGCACUGUCCCUGCUGCUUGCGAGUCUGCUCUCUCAGGUACAGCACCCACAGAGACUGCUCUCUCAGGUACCGCACCGGCUGAGGCCUGUCACACCUUCACUCUUGACUCAGGUGCUUCCCGUUGUUUCUUUCGUGACAGUACUGAGCUCACACCGCUUCCUGCACCGGUCCCAGUCUCCUUGGCUGACCCCUCUGGGGGCCCAGUCCUUGCCCAGUCCACCACUGUACUCCCUUGUCCGGCGGUUCCGUCUGGCUCGUUGUCGGGUUUCCACCUCCCCUCGUUCUCGACGAACCUGGUGAGCAACGCUGUCAUCCAGGAUCAGUGGGUUGACACCUUUACCCCUGGAGGACAGCGUGUGGCGAUCUGCACGUGCUCUAGGACCGGCCGUCACCUGGCUACGUUUACCCGUCGGCCGGGGUCGAGUCUCUACACACUGACCACUGCGUCUCCUCAGGUCGCUGCUGUCGGUCAGGUGUCUGCGUCAGGUCUGGUAGCCCACGCCUGUGAGUGUCGUUCCCUGUCGCACCAGACUCUUCUCUGGCACCACCGCCUGGGUCACCCCUCCUUGCCACGCCUUCGUGGCAUGCACCGUCGCCACCUUGUGUCUGGUCUUCCCAGGUCCCUCCCUCCCCUCCCUGCCUCGCCUGCGCCGCCUUGCCUUCCUUGCGUCGAGGGGCGGCAGCGCGCCGCUCCUCACUCCUCCUCGUUCCCCCCGACAGAGGCUCCUCUGCAGACCCUCCACCUGGACGUGUGGGGCCCAGCCCGCGUUCGUGGUCAGGGCGGUGAGCGGUACUUUUUGCUGGUUGUCGACGACUACUCGCGUUACACCACGGUCUUCCCCUUGCGCACCAAGGGUGAGGUCCCUGCUGUUCUGAUCCCUUGGAUCCGCACAGUUCGUCUCCAGCUCCGCCGCCGUUUCCGGACGGAUCUUCCUGUCCUGCGUCUGCACUCUGACAGAGGUGGUGAGUUUUCCUCCGAUCUCUUGAGGACCUUCUGUCAGGCGGAGGGCAUCGAGCAGACCUUCACGCUUCCGGACUCCCCACAGCAGAAUGGGGUUGCUGAGCGCCGCAUUGGCCUGGUCAUGGAGGUCGCUCGUACCUCCUUGGUCCACGCGGCGGCUCCCCAUUUUCUGUGGCCGUUUGCUGUCCGGUACGCCGUGCAUCAGCUCAACCUCUGGCCCCGUGUCUCCUUGCCGGAGACCUCGCCCACACUGCGUUGGACGGGGGAGGUUGGCGAUGCGUCGCGCUUCCGGGUGUGGGGUGCUCGUGCCCUUGUCCGCGAUACGUCCGCGGACAAGCUCUCCUCCCGCACGCUUCCCUGUGUCUUCCUUGGCUUUGUCCCGGACGUCACCUUUGACGAGUCGGUCCCUUUUUACCGUCUCUUCCCCUACCGCACUGCCCCCCUCCCUCCCCCGCCGCUUUUCCUUGCUCCUGGUCCCCCUCCGGUAGACCCCCUUCCCCCUCAGGGUCCUGCUCCUUCAGGUGUCUCUCAGGUAGACCCUCCUCCCGUCGCUGAGCCUGUCGAGGUCACAGGUGACUCAGGUGCUGCUGCAGGUGGUACUGCUGGGAGUGCUGAGCCUGGGGGUGCUGAGCCUGCGGGUGCUGGGCCUGGGAGUGCUGGGACUGCGGGUGCUGGAGCUGGGGGUGCUGAGCCUGGGGGUGCUGCGACUGGGGGUGCUGAGCCUGCGUGUGCGGAGUCUGGGGGUGCUGAGUCUGGGGGUGCUGAGCCUGGGGGUGCUGCUACUGAGCCUACGGAGCCUCGGGUUGCUGCGUCUGGGGGUGCUCCGGUUCGGGGUGCUGAGCAGUCUCUCACACCGCAGCAGCUUCGUGACUGGUACGUCCGGCAUUUUCGCCGUCCUAGUGGCUCGGCUGGAGUUGGGGGUGCUGGAGCUGCUCGUCCUGGGGGUGCUCGUACUGGGGGUACUGGAGCUGCCGGGACUGGUUGUUCUGGGUAUCAGAAUUACUAG